AAAUCCACGAGUCAGAAUUUCUUUUCAGUCGAAAAGAAAAAGAGAAAAAAAAGAAAAGAAAAAGGAAAAAAGAACAGAGGCUGGAUAUUAUAGUGUAGGUGUAGGCUAAAAAUUUUCAAUAGAGUAUAAAAUUAAAGAAUUGAAUUAUUGGAAUCUGCCCGUCCAUCUCUAUCCAGUAUCCAGCAGGCAGCAGCCAUGGGAGCUCUCUCCGAGUUCUUCUCCCACCUCCACACAAUGACCGCCGUCUUCUUCACGCUUUUACUUCUCGAAUUCGUCAUUCUUAUACGCACGAUCUUCGGAUUGAGGCCGGGCGCCGACAAGCGCGUAAUCACGACGACGCAGUAUUUUAAAUUGAUCGAGGAGAGGAAUCCGACGAUUCGAUUCUCCAAUAAGCUAACCUCGAGUCCCGCCGAUCAGUGCGCCGUUUGCCUCUCUGAAUUUGAGGAAGGCGAUAAGGUACGGAAAUUACAAUGCAAUCACACUUUUCACAAGGACUGCCUCGACAAUUGGUUGAAACUCUGUUUCGCUACCUGUCCGCUUUGCCGGAGUAAGGUUCUGCCGGACGAUGUGGUCGCCGGCUACCACAGGCUGCGGGACCGCGUGGAGUACGAUGGCAGCGACGAGGAGCUCAUCUUUUUGUUAUCGGCAUUACAUGGUAAUAGUAUAUAUAGAUUUUUCUAGGGAUAAGGACACACAAUUUGAUGAUUUUGUCCACCACAGAAUAGAAUCAAGUAACAUAAAUGUCGAUUUUCUGUAGAUUAACUAGGAAUAUUGUUUCUCCCUUCACUGACGAGCAAUAGCCCUAGGAACAGCUCGUUUCUGGUUCGAUUGAUCUGUAGCUAGAUCGAGAAAAUCGUGUAUGCUUCUAUUUACUUGCAAUUACGCAAGCCAACUGUUUGAUGCUUUGUUUGCAUGA